AUGUCUCCACAAAUUAUUCAUCAUCUUCAACACAAAUGCACAUUUUACAAGUGGAAGCCAUUAAGAAAAGGCUUUUGGACACAAAAUAAAAACCUUAGGCAGUGUUGUGUUUCUACAUCUUUGUUGUGCCCUUCAGUUAUCAGGUAUCCAACAACUACUGUUUACUCAAGAAGGAACUAUAGAUCCAGCCACAACACGAGCCCGCUGUCCAUUUCACAGAUAAACCAUAUUUUAAAAGCUAAUGAAUACAACUUCAAAGUUAGUGGCUAUGAUGGACGAUAUAGUGGGUCAGUAAUAGGCUUUGACAGCAACCUACUAGCAUCCAAUUCCCCAGUCGAGGAUCGCAGGAGUGCAGCGACCUGUCUUCAUUCUCGAGGAAUGCUCUUUGGAGUCUUUGAUGGCCAUGUUGGCUCUGCCUGUGUACAAGCUGUCAGUGAGCGUCUAUUUUACUACAUUGCUUUGUCUUUGCUACCAGUGAAGACUCUGCUUGAUAUUGAAGAGGCUGUGGAGAAUGAAAGGCCUGUAUUCCCUGUGCUGCAAUGGCACAAACAUCCAAAUGACUAUUUCAGCACGGAUGCUGGAAAACUGUAUUUCAGCAGUUUGCGGACGUACUGGCAAGAGCGAAUAGACUUACAUGAGGAUGAGGAUGGAGACGUCCAAACAGCUCUGAUUAAUGCGUUCAAGAGAUUGGACAAUGACAUUUCUCUGGAGGCCCAGGUAGAAUUUGGGGAUCCUUUUUCUCACUUAGCAUCUCUCAAGGUGGCUCUGUCAGGGUGCACUGCCUGUGUUGCCCACGUAGAUGGAGAUGAUUUACAUGUGGCUAAUCUGGGUGACAGCAGAGCUGUAAUGGGGAUCCAGGAGGAUGAUGGGACCUGGUCAGCUUUGACAAUUACCAAUGAUCACAAUGCCCAAAAUCCAGAUGAGGUGCAGAGAGUUCUCUCUGAGCACCCAGCGACAGAACACAAGACAUUGGUAAAACAUGACAGGUUACUGGGUCUACUUAUGCCCUUCAGGGCUUUUGGAGACAUCAAGUUUAAGUGGAGCAGCGAGUUACUGAAUCGUGUAUAUGAAACCAGACCAGAGAUAUUGUCUGGGAACGAGUAUGCAAAAAUACUCCCACCAAACUAUCACACGCCACCUUACCUCAUAGCAGAACCAGAGGUGACCUACCAUAAGUUGCGACCACAGGAUAAAUUUCUGAUCCUAGCCACUGAUGGCUUAUGGGACCUCAUGCAUAGACAAACUGUUGUACAGGUCAUAGGAGAGCACUUAUCAGGUAUUCAUUGGCAGAAGCCCAUAGCUGCGCUCAAUUUUUCAUUGGGGCAGAUGCAUAGACUGCUUCAAGAAAGGAAGAGCAGGGCUUUGACUGCUUUAGAGGAUGAGAACUGUGCAACACAUCUCAUUCGCCAUGCUCUAGGAAGUGAUGGCUUUGGUUCCAUUGAACCUAAGCGCUUAGCCAAGAUGCUAAGCCUCCCCCGAGACCUGGCAAGAAUGUACCGAGAUGAUAUAACAGUCAUCGUAGUACACUUAAAUAACCCUUCCAUGUAA